CACCGGCAAUUCAGCAUUAUACAUAGCAACCGAUUUUUAUUUCGAAAAACAAAAGACAGUUGAAAAAAGGAAUCAGUUGAAGAAUACAUCUUCAUAUUUAUUGUAUCUACAUUUAUAUCUUAAACCCGGCGCAAUGGUUAUCCUGCAAUUGAAGCGAGGCAGUGAGAGUGAAUUUUUGUAUGACACUAAUGUGAAUGAGGAAACUAAUACCGUCAUACGCGACCUCAUCGCCAUCUUCAAUGGCCGCCUUAAGAUCCAGCGCAUAUGUUAUGAAAUCGAGGAACUGGCCGAGCAUGGUACGAUGCUGCCCAGUGAAAUGAUCGGAUUAACUGACGAGCAAAUCGAGGAGCUAAAGUUGAAGGAUAUCUGGGCAGAUAAGUGCAUACCUUCGGGUGGUUUUAAUUUCAAUAAAGAUCCGCUUGGACGCCGCAAUGGUCAGCAGCCAAAUGAGGCCAUGCAAAAUGUAUUAAAAAAAGCUAUGGACGAUGCCAAGGGGCUAGUCGAUAAGAAACUAGUUAAGGCUGGGAAACCACUCACCCUAAAGUCCGUGGAGGAGGCUUUAAAUAUUUUACGUGGGGCCGUUACCAUUGUCUAUCCCAUGCAACUGCCACCUCAUGACACCAUACGCAUGGAGUUCACCAACAUGGAGGAUUUGAGCGGCACACAAGCGUCCAAAGACGUAAUUGAACCCUCAAAGGCACAGUUGUGGUUUGCCGGUCGACAGAUAUUGAAUGGCAAGCGCUUAAGCGAGUUUCUGGGCAACAAUAACAAAACCAAGGUCGUCGUUAAGUUAAACCAAUUAAGCGAAGGUACCCCGGGACGUGAACCAGUAAUUUCGGAGCAAGUGCGCCGCCAAAUGAUGGCCGAGGCUUAUCGUCGCCAGGAGGAGCUAAAGAUAAGCUAA